AUGGAACUCAACCGAGAAUAUUUUCGCGCCAUAAUUUAUUACAACUUUCAGAGACAAUUAUCGCAACAAGAAUGCCUUGCUGAGUUACUGUCUGUUUUCGGCAACGAAGCGCCAUAUCAGUCGACAAUUUCCCGUUGGUAUGGAAAAUUCAAACGUGGACGGGUGAAUCUUAGCGACGGGUGGGAAAACGUCGAUGCUAUUGAGGCGUCCUUGAAGAUCUCAAAGACCUCAAUUCAUAAAAUUUUACAUGGAGAAUUAGUAGUAAGAAAAUUAGUUUCUCGUUGGAUACCCCACCUGUUGACUGAAGAGCAGAAAGCAGUCAGGGUUAAUUGGUGUCAAAAAACACUUGACCAAAAUAAACGACAGUCGGCUGUUUGGGUGUUCCAAGGUGAAGAAAAGCCAACAAAAGUGAUCGGUUCCCGAAGUGUUUCGAAAAAGAUGGUCGCGAUACUUGUGCCAAAAGCGGCAAAGAACUUUACUGCGGAUUGGUAUGCCACCAUUUGUUUUCCAAAAGUCAUCACCGAGCUUCGAAAAGUCAACCCUGAAAGAAGAAUCAUCCUCCACCAAGACAAUGCAAGCUCGCCUGGAGCCCAAAAAACAAGGCAGUAUUUAACGGAAGAAAACGUGGAAUUAUUGGACCAUCCUCCAUAUAGUCCCGAUCUAAGUCCUAACGAUUUCUUUACUUUCCCGAAAAUUCAAAACAGACUGCGUGGUCAAAGGUUCCAGUCACCAGAAGAAGCAGUUGACAAAUUCAAAAAUGCCGUUUUGGAUCUGCCAUCAAACGAGUGGAAUAGGUGCUUCGAAAAUUGGUUCGAGCGCAUGCAGAUGUGUAUUAAUCUUCGUGGAGAAUACUUCGAAAAACAAUAAAGUCAUUUAAAACUA